AUGUCAGGAUGGCCGGACGCUUCAGAUAUAAAGGAACGAGUCAGCAGGGGUCACCCUGGAUAUGAAGCGUUCAGAGAGGCUGUAGCUGAGGGCUAUCAUCUCGUGGCGUCAACUAUUGGAGAAUCCGGCAAGCCUCGGCCAUGUUGGCGUUUAUCAUUUUCAAUUCCCGAAAGAGUUAUGCUCAAGCACAUCUGCAAGAAUCCGAAACUCAUUCAUAAGGUGACGCUUAAGGUUCUCAAGGUGUUGCGGAAGGAAAAUGAGGAUUUUUUAUGUCUUUUUGAAAGCCCUGGUGACGAGUUGGCGUCUUUCCACAUAACAUGGGUGUUCCAUUCGUACGUGUUAAAGACAAUGUUGUUAAGGGAAUGGACUGAUUUCCCGGAAGAUUCAUAUUGGACCAAAAAUCAACUAGGAAAACGAGUCAAGAGCAUUUUGGAAAGGAUUCGAAGUAGCGUGGUUCGCAAAGAUAUUCAAAGUUUCUGGGUUCCAGGUUAUAAACUUUUUAAUUUCCGAGCAAGAAAGCCAACCAACACGAAACAUUGCGUGGACAACCUUGGCAUUCUCUUAGAUAAACUAGAUCUUUCUAAGUGUAAGCAUGUCGCGGAAUUCAGUGUCCCUAAAUAUACUCCUGAGUCACAAAUAGAUAUAGUAACAGUAGAUCCUGUAGAUUUUGUAGAUCCCACAGAGUUUGUUGAUCCUGUAGAUUUUAUAGAUACUACAGAUCUUGUAGAUUUUGCAGACCCUAUAGAUUUUUUAGAUCCUGUAGAUUUUAUGGAUCCUAUAGAUCCUGUAGAUACUAUAGGUUUUGAAGAUUUUAUAGAUCCUGUAGAUCCUAUAGAUCUUGUAGAUCCUACAGAUUUUGUAGAUCCUGUAGAUUUUUUAGAUCUAUAGAUCCUGUAGACGCUAUAGAUCUUGUGGAUUUUAUGGAUCCUGUAGAUCCUAUAGAUAUUGUAGAUCUCAAACCCUAUAGCUCAGGCUUAAAGUGACCCCUAAAGGAGAUCAUACUACAUCAGACAUCUAUAGGACCAACGGUGGCACAGUUGGUUAGUGCGCGGCCUUCGGUGCGCGAGGUCCCGAGUUCGAUCCCGGUCGACACCACAUCCUUGUUUCAACUUGUCUCCUUUUAGUGUAGCUUUGAUUAGCUUUAAAUACUCUUAAAACGGAGCAUUGAUGGAGAGAGGGGGUAAAAUGAGCGCACCGUCGACCUCAAGUUUAUCAGUUCUUACUGUCACGAGUUAUCGACGUAAAAUAUGGUUGCUUUACCUUUUACUUUUUUUUAAGAGCUAGGUAUAGGAAUCUCGUGUUCUUUUUUUGUUUCUGUGUGGUCAGUGUUGUGGCAUUUUUUGUAAAUUCCUAUGAACCUAUCAAUGUAAAGCCGGCGCAAGGGGAGGGGGGGAGGGAGGCAGGGCAUGGGGUGGGGAUUUGACAUUUUUCAAAAAUUUGCAGUCAAAUUCCCUGCCCACGGGCAAAUCUUUCCAGUCAGAUGCAACCAAAUUUCCCCACCCCGGGCUGCACAUUGCGCUGUCAAAUAUCCCAAGGCUGGACCCGAGAAAGGCACAAUAAAAAUAUCUCCAAAUAAAACUCUGAAAUGUUUAUUUAUAUUACGUUGCUGCGUCACCAAACAUACAUGUUCCUGUUACAGCUGCAAUUAUACGUUUUAACCAUAAUCCGUGUUACACUGCGUAGAAUACAGAAACUUUCAGGAGAAAGUCCAUAUUUUGUAAGUUUAAAUAUACCGUACUUAGUAAAGGGUACAAAGAAAGUCAUUGUUAUAAACUUACAGUGAUUGUAGCAAAUGAGCCAUACACUGAUCAAUUGUACUUGCAAAAAUCCACUUGGUUGCUUUGAAACCACAGUAUCUUAAGAGGUUCAAUUGAUCAAAAACACGCUAAAACAAAAGAAAAUUUGGAGACAAAAUAGUGAAAUCCACCCAGCUUUCGCUUGCUCUUGUUGGCCUCCAUGAUUUCCAGAUCUUUCCAGACUGUACGGCGCAUGCGUGAAGAGUGGGAGUGGGAAACAUAUGUUCGGUCUCAGUCUUUUUCGUCCGAGUCGGCAGUCAAAUAUCUCCUCGUCGGGCGAAGAAAGAUUCAAAUAUCCCCUCCCCUGGGAGAACAAGAUCAGUCAAAUGCCCUACCCCAGGGCCAACAAAGACAAUCAAAUGCCCACCCCAUGCCCUGCCUCCCCCCCCUCCCCCGCCGGCAUAACAUUGAUAGGUGCACUAUGCACAGCCCUAAGCCAUACCUAAAUGGGCAAAUAUUGUAACUUUUCAUCCCAAACAUCCUCAUUGAGACCAAAAUCUGCCAUUUACAGUCCUAAGCGAGACGGCAAGCAUGGCGGUCACUUUUGUUAGGGUAUUAUGAAGACGCUGUUCCAAAAAUACAAGCUUGAGCUUUCAAACGUAUUCAAGCUUUCAUCGGUCACUCCUUUGUAAAUAUUAUUUACGAUACCUUGAGAUUUGACAGAAACAGAAUUGUCUCGCUGCAAAUUGUAAUGGUCCUGCUAAUAGCAUCCGAAACGUUUUCGUGAGUCAUCGGUAGCUACUUCGUAUUUGGUUAGGAAAGUAGAAAAUAUGAUUUUUCCCGCUUGCAUGUUCAACUUUGGUAAACGAAAGGGACAAGUAUGGUUGGACAAUAGCCCUGGUGUACAAAUAGACGAAAAGAACUCAGAAGAUGCUGUUUGCCGAUUGGGCACAACAAUGCAAAGGAUAUUUUGUGCCCAAUCAGGAGUCAGCAUUCGCAUGACCUUCUGGAAUUGGGUAAGAGUCAGUACCCAGGGGCUCGACUUCUGUCCGUACUUAAAAACUUUCGUUGCGCAUUUUCGCUCAAACCAGCUGACUGCUCUUAGGUCUCUGAGGAUGUCCCAUGAACAAUUCAUUGGUAACAAAGAUUACAAGCAAUGAACUUAGCACCAGUAGAUAGAAAAAAAAAAAGGAAAAACUGAAAACCAGUUAUAAAUCACACGGCGUCACUUGACUCUGCCUUAGCAUGCAUGAUGUUGUUUCUUAAUGUUGUUACAGUUAACAUUAGUUCUAAGUUUCACUUCAUAAGUUAGUUAAUAGGUUUAAUGAAGUUAGAUUUACUCGCUACAAAAGUGCAGUAGCGUUUUAAGGCCAAUAAAAAUACUUGUUGAAAUGUCAAUACCUCUUUUGCCUGAAAAACAAAAAGUUUAAAAUACAUUGCAUAUAUACAUAUAUAUAAAAAGCUAAAGCUUUAGAAAAACAAAUUUUACGAAAAAUUUUUUAGUUGGAAAACAGUAGAAGUUCCUAUUGUUGACUAGUUCUUGUAAGCUUUCGUCACCUUUGUAAUAAUGAGAGGCUCUCACUUCUUACUGUCAAACUCAGAAAACCGCGAACACCUGAAAAAUUACAGGAAUGUUGAUUGUGUACUGGCCAAUCACAAUAAAGUUAAGGAUACGCUAGCAAACCUCAAAACCAGAAACUAACUACCGUUGCUAUGAUUUUCUCGUUGCCGUCGCUGUUCUGGCCUGCUAAUUGUUAGCUCCAAACCUUUCUCUUCUCUUUAAUUUUCAUAUAUUCCAAGAAAGUGAUUCUACUAAUAGGUUCAAUUGAAAGUCAUACUUAGCAACCACUUCAAGUUCAAAAGCAACCGACUCAUGUUCUCAUUAAUGAAGCACCUCGUAUUAGAGAUAUCCGCCCGAGGCGCUGUUUCAGUUCGUAUCUGGCAGUUGGCAGAAACGAUCAAUGAGUCGAGAAAAAAUCAAAGUACGAGAUAUUAUGGAAACGAUAAGCAAACUCAAAUUGAAUUGAGCUGGUCAUGUGGCGAGAAGAACAGAAAACCGUUGGACAACCCCUCAUUACGUUCUGGACGCCCCAGGGACACACAGGGAACCAAGGAAGACCGAGGACGAGAUGGAGGGACGAUUUAGAGAGUUUGGUAAAACACUGGCAUCGUACUGCGCAAAACGUGGUCCAGUGGAGGUCAAUGGGAAAGGCCUACGUCUAACGACGGACAUUCAAAGGCUGAAACUCAACUGAAACUGAAGGCCCCUGCUUAUUUGAAUAUGUACAUACAUGUAAAUAUAGUUUACUGAGGGUGCUUUGGCCUGGCGAACUAAUAGUACAAAAAUAUCAAUUUCAAUAAAGGAAAUACUGCAUGGCAUCGAGUAGUUCGUCUCCUCCUGACGAACCAAAAAGACCACACCCUACGAACAAAGCCCGGCUUUGUCUUUUUCUUGAUCCGAGAACAGGGGUGGAUCUAGGGGUGCUGAGGCUGGNGCCGAGAUGACCUGCGGCUUUCGUUCUGCAAAGUAAGCAGAUAUGUAUGAUAUGUACUCUCAGCAGUUCACUUUAUGUUAUUGACUAAUCAAAAGCCUUCUUCGUAUUCGCUUUUAUGAUUUGUUUUCUUCACUAGUCAGUUAAGCCAUUCCUUAGUGGUACACCCCGUCCUAGGAAAAAUCCUGGAUACGCCCCUGGAUGAGGUGGAAAGAAGGUAAAAGGAAACAAAAAUAUUUAGUUAAGAGCAGCUUCUUAGUGUAAAUUUGGAUAUAUGAUGUAGUAACAAAUAAAGUUAAACAAUGGAGGAAAAUUAUUCGGCCUCAUUCGCCAUAAAAAAAUGGCUCGUGCAAAAGUUGCUGAGUGAGAACACAGGCUGUACUUAAAGGAGCUGUGUCACGCAUUUAUAUCAAAAUUCAGACAUUGGGAAAGAAAAUUCGCCCCAUGUAAGGGAAUCCAUGGCCAUCUUGGAUUCUGGAUUCCACGCCGUGGAUUCCGGAUUCCAAGCACCGGAUUUCGCCGGGAUCUUUUGUCAGUGGAACAUGGAUACCGGAUUGCAAUCGUUUUUGGGAUCCUCGAUGCACAAAAACGAAACUCGAAAACAUAAUAAUGUUUUUUAAAACACCCAGGCCCCGAUGUUCAAAAGUUGGAUAGCAUUAUCCACCGGAUGAAAAUCUUUACUCUAUCCCGUGGAUAACGCAAUUGGUUUUCCUAAUACUUCUAUCCACUGGAUAGUGAUUUAUCCGGUGGAUAGCCCUAUCCAACGUUUGAACAACCGGGGCCUAGAUGUCAUACAUCAUUUGGCGAAAUGUUCCUCCAAUAACUAAUUCGGAUCUAUUUUAUUUAUUUUUAGAAAUUACGAAUAAUAUAUAUAUGGGAAAAGUAGAAAAAAGAAGUGGCGAGGAGACCUAACAGAAACUAUAGGAGCUUAUGAGAGGUUAGUUCUCUUCGAACUACGUGCCAAAGCUGUUUAAAGAAAAGACCAUUUCAGUUCUCUCUAACUCUAGGCAACGGAAAAUAAUUUUUAACAUUACUCAAUAGCAACUAAUUUUUUCAAUAUGCGGCUUGGGUUCAGGUUUUUUUAAAUAAAUUAUUUUAUUGUUAGAUUGCAGGUAUACUUUAAUAUAUGUUUUAGAGUUCGACUCUACAGCUUAAAACAUUCCCACCUUUCUGACGACAUGACCGGCUUUCUUUCACUUCCGAACUCAAAGCAGAUCAUCUUUUUGUCUACUACAGAAUUAAUUUACGGUUGAUUUUAAUAUUUUUAUUCAACCAUUUAUUUUGUUUGCUUUGUUUAGAGUUUGUUCCCGAAUUCAUUUAUUUCCACAUGUCAAAACAAAAGGGGUGACGAAUGGUCUUUACGAGCACGAGCAGAGAGAAAAACUUUGCUUUGCGAGCAGCGAACAGUUUAGAGAGUACAACUCGCGAGCAGCGACCACUUCUUAUCUUUUCCGCUUGCAGCAAUCCAUCUGGAAAUUCUUUUCUUUAAAAUAAAACAGAAAAUAUUUUAAAACGGGGUUUCAAUUUAACCCCAAAAAGAAUUUACAAAAUUGCUAGCAAUACUGACAAGAAAGCGAGCAUGCGAACAACUGCAAAAAUUUGGGGAGCACGAGCAAGCGAGCACUCGUUUAAAUUUUGUAAGCAGUUAAAAUUUUAAUUGACCAUUUAUUACCCCUAACAAACAAAAGUCAAAACAAGCAAUAUAUGGCUAGUGGUGUGAGAUUUGACGCCAGAUCGACAAUGGAAAAUUCAGGCACGCUUUAUUUUCAGUCAAUAGAUCUAAGGGGUUCUUAACAGAGGUAAAAUUCUUGCCCGUCCGGUUAGCAGAAUCCUAUGGAAACGUUUUAAAUGUCAGUAUCACCUCUGCUUUGUCUAAACUUAAUUUUCACUCUAUUGCACCGCACGCCCGCCAUGUUAAGUAUGGAAAAACGUUUUGGCCACUUCUUAGCUUUUAUAUUCAUAGUUGUGACAUGUAUUAUUUCCUGCUUCAUACUGAGAACUAAUCUCUUCGAUCUACAAACAGGUCUGCUUCAGUAUCGUACUGACACGAAUUGGACGGAAAAAGAAACUGUUUCUCGAAGAUUUGUUUUUCUUACACAGACAGAACAUUGUCUCUCACCGAUGCUGUUUUAUCAUCUGAAGCUGUCCACUGAUAUGACAUGUCGAUGCGAUGUGAUAGUGUUGAGCUACAAGAGAAAAUGUCAGAAGGAGAAACCGCCCCAUGUAACGUAUUUAUUUGACAAUACAACUACUUGGGGCUCGGGGCGAAAUAAGCUGUUUUUUCUUGCAAUGAACAGAAGGCCAGGCUAUACAUACUUCAUAUUCACUGACGACGAUGUGUCUCUUAAGUUUAACAGUGCUGCUACCCCGGAUAUGAAACAUUUUUCGCCAAUUCGAAUUUUCCAAGAAUGGCUUUUGGAUUAUGAACCAGCAGUUGGUGUUGUUGACUAUGAGCUGCGAAAAGAAGGGCAGAACGUUCGAGCAAAAUGAAAACCAACUGUGGAAUUACCAACACCACCUCUCUGGCCAAUCCAACGAUCUUCUAUGACCCUGUGUUUAACGCUUUUCACGCGCGCGCCGCUCGCCACAUUUUCCCACUUGAUACCACACACGAAAGAGUGACCUGGUGGCUUACCGACAAAUAUGUCUGUUCAGCAGUGGAGCUGAAAUUUCGUGGACAAUCGUUCCUGUUUUUUUCCAGUGACCAUUGAGAACUCAUUACAUCGCAGUUAUCCAAGAUCGCUUAGAGGAACUAGAAAAGCUUGGCAAGAGUUUAUUAAAAUCAUCCAACAGGAGGCACCUGCCCAAUAUGUGAACCAAAGUUUAUUUGGCGAAUUCAGGAAAGAUCCAUUUAGUUAUGUGGAGACGUCCAAGACCUACUGCAGAAAGGUGACUCGUCAUCAACGCAUCGUUCCAUUUGCGCAUUUUGAUGAAGAAAGUCUGGAAGAGGUGUCUCAGUCAAAUUAAUCAAACUAGACAUAGAAAAACUCAUUUUGCUUAACUGAUUGUAAUUUUACUUUAAUGUGUUGCCUGCAAAGAUUCUUAGCACAUGGAUUUUGUCUCUGAAAGGCCUACUACUCAAAACUACUACUACUACUACUACUACUACUACUACUACUACUACUACUACCACCACCACCACCACCACCACCACCACCACCACCACCACCUACUACUACUUGAUUGCAAAACUAUUUAAACACGCUUCAUUCUUAUUGCGAAACAUGGAUGUUAAAAAUUAAUCCGAAGAAAACAAAAAUAAUGGUAUUUCAAAAACGCCCAAGGAAAUCUCUUGACAUGAACUUCAGCACAGACAACGAGCAAAUUGAAAUUGUUCAGCAACUAUUCGAGGGUUCCAAUGGGGUACCCAAUUAUCAGUUAACUACUAAUGUUUUGGCUAAUUCUCAGUUAACUACUAUUUUUUGGCCAACUAUCAGUUAACUGCUAAUUUUUUUGCCAAUUAUCAAUUAACUGUAAACCCUAUGCGCACCCUCUUAAAAUGCCCUACUAAGGAAGAGAUCUAUACGUCCAAAGAUUUCCUAAACCGCGGUCUAAGUUAAACCUUGUUUUAAUAACCGGCCCUAUGGUUUUAAGGUAUUAAACUGCUCGUCCAACUAAAUGAAACCUUUUCUACAUUAUUACUGAGGAAUUAAUGACGCAUGCCUGACAAAUACCUGGCAUAGGUAGGCCAAAAGGUACGUCUAAAAUUAGAGAGCUUUGGAUUCGAAGACGAGGACAACAUAUAUUUUACGUUUUCUCGCCUAUUCUCUAAAAAUAGACAUCCCGGGAAGCUUCAUUGUAAUUUUUUCACCCCAAAAGCUAGUACGCUAAUUUCCGUUGAAGGAUGUAAAGCCUUCUCCCGAUCGCUAAAUGAUAAAAUUCGUUUUAAACAUUUGAUAAUUUGUUUUCGCCACUACGACAUUCUCGCUAAAACUCGUAGUAAAAAGACGAUGGCUAUCACGUUUUCCCGCCAAAAUGACGUUGGUUCGUGCGCGUGCGCGCAGGCACUACUUAGAAUUGGGAAAGUCUCGUUCUUGCAGUCAUCCUCGUCUGAGAAUCUAAAGCUCUCUAACCUCGUUACCAGUCGUCCUUGGCGAUUUCGGGAUGUGCAUGACGUCUCCUGUCAAGCUUGUCGUGGAAAUUUCGCGCUCGGUUUCAAGCCGCCUCUGGUCACUUGGAUAGCGCAAAUUGGCUUGGGUACGAGACUAAUGAAAGCUCUCUAUUGACACAGGGUCCAGAGGAGAUGUGUUUGUCGUUAGAACAUCAAAACCCGUCGAAAACCUCUGAAAAAAUGGGUUAUUGGAAUCGCGUUACAGUUUCGUUACACAUUCUAUAUACCGCAAACCAACAGACUGAGAAGCGAAGAAGUCGUCUACAGUAGGUUCAUAAAGAUCCUAUUGGGUUAAUUAAUCGUUCUAAGCGACAAGUAUAGACAUUUUUCAAGGCGAAACUUUAAAUAAGUAAUUCAUUUAUUUACACGAAACUCCUCUGGACCCUGUGCUAUUGCUCAAUCUAUUGAUCAAGCCAUAACGACGGCGGCUGGGUGCUUGUGUCACGGCCAAAUGCCUGUUACUUCAAGUAGCUUCUGGCUAUUUGCAACGGCUGCUUGUAAAAUUAACUGCCGGCUCAACAAUAUAUACCCGGAAGCGAUCGUUACCUUAAGUUUGUACGUGACUCAAAAUGAAGCGCAACUUCGGGGACGAUGAAUUACAACGCCUUUACAAAAAAGCGGAGUUUGAUAUAGAGCACAAGGAGGUAAAGAAAAUCGAGAAAAGAAUUAGAAGUUUAGUUGACGAAAUCUCUGUCUAUAUAGGGCGCAAGGAUCCACUUUUUAAAAACUUUGUAAUCCCCAGCGGAAGUUUUUAUGAAGAUCUUAAAGUCGAAGGGCCCGACGAAUUCGAUUUUAUGAUUUGUUUAGAGCAGCUUUCCUCUCCUGGUGUUUGUGUUACGAAGGAUAUUCCCAUGAGACCGGUCCACGAUCCCGGCUACGUAGAUGUUCAGGUGUCCAACGCAGUUUAUCGCAAUCGGUGGAAAAGCUACAUUUCCAAGCGAGGAAAUCUCAAACCCGAUGUUCUCUUGAAAAGAUUCAAACAACUCAUCGAGGAAGCCAUAGAUAAGCGAAAGCGGUCUUCCAGGGAUGAGUUAGAUGAAUAUGUCGAUAUUCAGCUCAGAAAAAUCCCGAUAACGAUCAAGGUUACAUGGCAUGGCAAGGAGUACUCGAACUUUGAAAUAGCCGUCGAUUUAACUUUGUGCAUCAAAAUGUCAGGAUGGCCCGACGCAUCAGACAUAUCGACACGAGUGAACAGGGGGCACCCUGGCUAUGAAGCAUUCAGAAAGGCUGUCGCGGAGGGUUAUCAUCUUGUGGCUUCUACCAUUGGAGAGUCUGGGAAGCAUCGGCCCUGUUGGCGUUUAUCUUUUUCAAUACCCGAAGGAGUUAUACUCAAACACAUCUUCAAGAGUCCGAACCUCGUUCACAAGGCGACGCUUAAGGUUCUCAAGGUAUUGCGGAAGGAAAAUGAAGAUUCCUUGCUUCUCCUUGAACAGCCCGACGAGGGAUCUUUCAGCAUAACAUGGGUGUUUCAUUCGUACGUAUUAAAAACAAUGUUCUUACACGAAUGGACUCAAUUUCCGGAAGAUUCAUAUUGGACGAAAGAUCAACUAGGAGAAAGAAUCAAGGGCAUUUUAGAAAGGAUUCAGAGUAGUGUGGCUUGCAAAGACAUUCGCAGUUUCUGGGUUCCAGGUUAUAAACUUUUUAAUUUCCGAGCAAGAAAAGCAACGAACACGAAGAGUUGUGUGGAUAACCUUGCCAGUCUCUUGAAAAAAUUAAAAUUUUCGUAA